AUGCCUCAUGAAGAUGGUUCAGCGUACUAUCCUAUCGUGGCGACAGUGAGUCUUGCGGCGCCGAUUAUCUUAGAUAUCUAUGAUAAGAGACCAAACGAUCUACCUGCUCCAGAACUCCCUUCAGUGGAGAAAGAGGCGGUGAGAGGCCAGAUUGCUCCACGGUUUCGAAUCUUGCAGGAAAGACGAAGUCUGCUGAUUACCACGGGGACGUUAUACUCUGAUUUUUUGCAUGGGAUUGCAGAAAAAACGUCUGACGAAGACCUUGGGCCGGACACGAUAUGUAAUUGGGGUAAUUUGGGUGACAGCCAGCUCUUCGGAACGGGGAAAUACGAAAGACAGACACGAAUUAGUCUGACAUAUAGGGAUGUGCUAAAGGUAUCAAAGCUGGGAAAUAGUCUAAGGUUUCUAAGUAAGUGA